CGCCCUUCCAGUUGCCUGCCAGUGGGUCUUGCAGCAGGGCGGUGGAAGGAAGCGGAGCUGGCCGGGUCGGUGGGAGUCAUGGAGGACGCGGAGAAAGGCGCCCGACGGAAACAGGAGCCCAUCAAGAUCGGAGAGAGCCCUAAUACAGGCCUUGGGUUCUGCGGUUGGCUGUUGGUCAUCGUUUCAUUCCUUCUGGUCCUUGUGACUUUCCCUAUCUCCAUCUGGCUAUGCAUAAAGAUUGUCAAGGAAUAUGAACGCGCCAUCAUCUUUCGGCUGGGGCGCAUCCUUAAAGGAGGCGCAAAAGGGCCAGGUCUGUUUUUCGUCCUGCCCUGCACGGACAGUUGUACCAAAGUGGACAUGAGGACCAUAUCAUUCGAUAUCCCACCGCAGGAAAUUCUUACCAAAGAUUCGGUAACCGUGAAUGUGGACGGCGUGGUUUAUUACCGAGUUCAGAAUGCCACCCUUGCCGUCGCCAACAUCACCAAUGCUGACUCGGCCACUCGGCUCUUGGCUCAGACCACCCUGAGGAACGUUUUGGGGACGAAGAACCUCUCGCAGAUUCUUUCCGACCGAGAAGAGAUUGCACACAGCAUGCAGGCCACUCUGGAUGAUGCCACGGAUGACUGGGGUAUCAAAGUUGAGCGGGUGGAGAUCAAGGAUGUGAAGCUCCCUGUCCAGCUCCAGAGGGCCAUGGCUGCCGAAGCGGAAGCUACCCGGGAAGCAAGAGCUAAGGUCAUCGCCGCAGAGGGUGAAAUGAACGCCUCCCGGGCCUUGAAGGAGGCUUCCAUGGUCAUCACCGAGUCCCCCGCGGCUCUCCAGCUCCGCUACCUGCAGACCCUGACCACCAUCGCGGCGGAGAAGAACUCCACCAUCGUCUUCCCGUUGCCCAUUGACAUGCUGCAAGGCAUUGUGGGAAUGAGGCACUAACUAAAGGGGAGGAUGUUGGUCCAGGGAGAAGCUCUGUUGCAGGAAUCCGAGACGUUACAGUGUAGGAGGAAGGAGCAAUUAUUUCUGUGGCGUUCCCUCAUGCGUGUUGUGUUGACCAGUGACUCAGGCCUUUUAUCAUUCAUCUGAGCCCAUUUUACUUUCUCUUCUAGCUGGCUUACUGUAAACGCCUUCCUGUCUUUCCCCCACCUCCCAGUUUCCCUCUUUUUAAAAAAAAUAGUUUUGAAUCGCCAUCGCUCUGAAAUCCAGAGAGUUCUGAAGACUUUUGCAGGGCCUCCCACAGAACAGGAGGUUGGCUUAGAAAAACAAUCUCCUUUCUCUUGGGAAACCGAUUCUCAACCGAGAGCCUGUAGUGGAACUUUCCGUGGCUGCGUUGGUGCAGCAGAAAAGAAAAAAAAUGGAAUGAACACAGUAGUUAUGGAGAUAAUACACUUGUAGCUACACUGUUCGGAUUUUUGUUUUUCUUUUUUUACAUGUCUGUUUUUCUUGUGUGCAGACUAAUACCAUGCCUUUUGCAAGCGCUUCGGCCAAAAAAAGAACAUCCCUUUGUUUAUUUGCCCUUGUAUAUUUUUAAUUCCACAAAGAUACUCUUUUUCUUUUAAAAAAAUAUUUUUUUAAGACUGUCUUUCAUUCCCCUCUCCCCCCCCACCCUUGUUUUUAAUAUGAUCCACUGAAAACUGAAAAAUUGUCCUGCCAGAAACCCCAGAGGUCCUUCGACUUUUCAGCUCUGCUUCAUUCUCUAUUUUUUCUUGAAAAUUUACAGGCUAGACUUUUUUUGGUAGAUCUACAUGAUGUAUACAUUUUUUUUUAAUUUCAGCUUUUUGCUUAAAGUAGAAAAAGUCAUGUUCGGUGCUAAACCCCAUUUUUGUCUGUUUGCAUAAUACUAGGUUUUCUAAGCUUCGUAUGGAAUGUGAAUUGGAAGGGUGGGAAAUGUCCAACGUACAAUAGAAACAUUAGUUGUUAUUGUAGCCUUGUGCAUUAGUAUUACAGUACAAUCCAAUACAUUUCUACUAUACAGAAGUAAAACUCUGAAUACGAUAAAGCAAAGUGUGCUGCUUAUAUACUGCCCCACAGUGCUUAAGCACUCUCCGAGCAGUGUACAGUUUAAAUUAUGCAAGUGGGCUUAUGGUCACAGCCUUAAUAACAGAAAAUGCCUGGGAAACAGGGCUUUCAGUGCAGCUGUUAGAAGCAAAGGAGCCUUACAAGAGAGCAAUUGGCAGCUCAGAUAUGGACCUGUGUUUAUAGACCUCAUGGUCACGCUCAGUCCUAGAACACAGUCCCUUGGCAUCUUGAUUUUAUACAAAUUUUAGUCCGACACUAGAUUAUAGAAUUGGGUGGCCUUUUCCCCUUUCUGCAAAGAAACAGCAAAAAGUGCAUUUUUUUCUUAAAGUCUCCUGUACCAGAAGUGCUUUAAAUAUUCUGUGAAACUGUUUAUAAAUCAAGUGAAUUCAUAAUCUUUACAACAUGCAUUUGCCUAUAUGUUAUUAUUCCUGUAAUAAAUGUGUGUUUUCUUUAAA